GAUUCAAUUUUUAUCUUAGUUUAGGUCGGCGUUUUCUAUGGGCAGACCGCAGACGACAGUAUCUGGCGACUGGCCGUAACCCUGGUUUUCACUGUCUUCAGUUAUGCUGGAUUUUUCUGCGCUUAUCUUGUUUUCCCGCUAAAUGCUAAUCUUAAAUUGUUCCUUUACUAUUCUUUAACAUGGCAAAAAUUUACUUAUUGUGACAAAUAAGUUAUAACAGUUAUUUUAUUAGAAAGAGCUUUAGGUACUUCAUCAUUUUAUUUGAGAACUGCUAGUUUAUUUAAUUUUUAAAUGAUUUACAAUUCAGCUUAAACAUGUUUAGUGAUACUUAAAAAAAUACUUAUCUUCCUAGUUGAACAAGUGAUUUUAAUUACACUUAGUAAAGGUAUUUGUCCACUUGAUUAAAGAUGGAUUCUACAUUAAACGUUUCAAGGUCUGUGGAUACCAUGUCCACCAAAAAUCAAUCAAUACCUGUCAAAGAUAGUUUAGAUUUAUCUGGCAAAAUGUUGGAUAGAUUUUUUGCAGCAGAUGACUCAUUUCCAACACUUGUGGAGAAAAUGCAGAUAACUAAAAGCAGUCAAAGUGUUAGCGGUUGUACAGAAUAUGAUUAUCCUAAAGAAGGAUUAGGUAUGCCUUCAAUUACUCCCCUCAAAUCAAGACACAAGGUUCCACUUCCGGGCGCAUUACUAGAACAAUGGAAUGAUUCACAAAACUUUCAUCGCAAGUUGGGAAUAUUUCCUGAGAUCAAUCGAGUUUGGGUCACAAUUGAUCAGGAAUUUUUUUUAUGGGACUACAGUGAAGGAACGGAUUUAUCUUAUUUUGAUGGAAUGAACUCAACUAUUUUUGCAGUAGCACUGGUACAACCAAAACCAAAUAUAUUUCAACCUCACAUUAAACACUUGUUAGUCUUAGCUACUGGAUUAAAUAUUGCUAUAUUAGGGGUAACAUUUAAAAAAGUUACCAGUGCUGAUGGUAAAACUGUAGAACAAUUGGAACUUACUACAGAUACCAUUUAUGAAGUUCCUGCUGAAGGUAUGAUUACUUCUAAAAUUAUUGGAACUAACAAUGGACGCAUUUUUCUUGCAAGUGAAGAUGGUAACCUGUUUGAAAUUGACUAUUGGAAAGAUUUGGGAUGGUUUUCAAUCAGAAAUGGAAGUCGUUGUAAGAAAGUUUGUCAUUCAGCUGGUACCUUAUCAUAUAUACUACCAUCAUUUUUAACUUAUGCAAUCACCGAACCUUCUGCAAUUAUUGAAAUAGCUGUUGAUAAUACACGGCAUAUACUUUACACUCUAGCUGAAAAUAGCUCAAUUGAAUUGUAUGAUCUUGGAUCUGAUGGUAAAUCUACAAGCCGAAUUAUUUCUUUGUCGCAUUCUAAUCUUGAGCAUCAAGUUUCGAAAUUACUUAGAACUAUAGAAAUAGCUCAAAUGACUAUACUAAGUAGUAUAAAAAUCAUAGAAGAAACUGAAUCACCUGACAUUCAUCUAUUGGUUGUAUCCAAGUCUGGAUUUAGAUUAUAUUUUUCUACUGGAGCAAUAACAUCUAGAAAUACUAGACCUUACACAUUACAACUAGUACACAUACGUUUACCACCAGGAUAUAAUAGGGUUAUUGGAGAAUCGAAACCAAGUAGUGUUCAGCAUGUGUUAUACAACAGAGGCACUAUUAUAAUGGCAUGCAACACUGAUAUAACUAACUAUAGGCCAAUGUUGUGGUGUAUAACCCCGGAUGAAUAUGCAUUUAGUUCUAACUUUAGUGAAAGAUAUUUUAUUACUGAUUUGGACGUGUGUCCAUUAUCACUGGACAAUAUAGGACCAAAUUGGUUGAUAUACAAUGACCCAAGUUCACCUCAACCACCACUAAUUGUUCGUCAACAGUUUGAAAAUCGCCAAGAAUAUAUAACUUUAGCUCCACAAGGUUUAGAAAUUUUUGAAAUGCUUCGACCUUAUGACACUCUCAGUGAAUUAUUGGCCAACAGUCAAGGUUCAGAAACAGAUGCUAUCAAAACAUAUUUUAAAAAUUUCACUGAUGAUCAAGCGUGUGUGGCAUGUCUUACAAUUAUUUGCGAUCAAUCAUUAAAAAAUAUUAAGAUCAAAGAAUACGCAACUCAUGCAUUUUUUGCUCAUGGCAAUGAGCCUAAAUUAGUAACUGAAAAUUUACAUGAAUCACUUCAUGAAUUUACAAGAGUUCCUCAGAAUAAUAGUUUCAGACCAAAUAAUUUUACGUCACCAUCUACACCGACUUUUAUAAAAAAUCAGACAAAUAUCACAAACUUACCAUUUGAAUCCACUAGUGUUCAAUACUCUUCAAAACACAAUGGAUUAUAUUUGUUUGUGAGUCGUUUACUGAGACCCCUUUGGAACAUUAAAGCUGUUAAUAUGGAGACCACUGAUGGGAAAACUUAUAUCGUCAAUACAGUGUCUCCAGAUGAUUGUUCAUUUGUUGCAAACCAUUUGCAAACUUUACGCUCUUUCAUGGACAAUUAUUCAAAAAUGUCGGCGAACUAUACCAAAACACCAUUGGAUGUGUCUAGGCGUACAAUUACACAGGAUGCACAGCAAUCUGAAUCAAAAUCUAUAGAAUGUUUGAAACAAUUAGUUAUUCGUAGUGCUGAAGUGUUUAAUUUGUGGAAAUUACUCAGCGAACAUCAAUUUUAUAUUAUAGCAAAUAAAUUAAAUGACCAAGAUCAACGUGUAUUGGAAAAUGUUACUUUCAAAGAUUUAAUUCUUGUGCAUCAAGAAAUGUGUCAAACUUUGGUACAAAAACUAUUGGAUACAUAUUUAAGUGAAAGUUCGUCUGUUGAAUCAAUCAGUUUGAAAUUACGACAAGUCUGUCCUUCCAUAUACCAUUCUGAAGACGCUGCUUGUGCAAAAGCUUCAGAAAUGAUUAAAUUGGCACAAUCUACAGUUAAUGAAGAAGAGCGUAAAAGAAUUCUUUACCAAUCUCUUAUGGUGUUGAAAGAAGUGGCACCAAAGUUUAAUUUAACAUCAGUUUGUUUACAAUUCACAAAUUGUGCUUAUAUGGAAGGCUUAUAUCAGAUAUGUAGAGAGUGUGCUAAAAAACUUGAUCCAAAGAACUUGGGUGGUCAUUAUUUUGCCAACAAUACGGUAUUGGAUGGAGAUGGACCAGGUUAUGGUGCCUACAUGCUCAGAUUAGAUAUUUACAAAGAAAUAAGUGCAAGUUUAGAUUACUUAUACUCAAUCAUGGUAAAAAAUCCAUCUGUAAUUAUACCUACUCGACCAAAUUUAAUACCUGGAAUCCUAGAAAAUUCUGCAUUAACUUCUGAACAAUCUUCCAAUUUGGUUUCUGAAUUGAUAAAAUUGUGUAUAUCUUGUGAUGAUGAAAUCAUGCACACCGUAGUGUAUAGAUGGAUGAUAGAUAAGAAAUUAAUAAAAGAAACAAUUGAAAUGGGACAUCAUAGUUUGGAAAAGUUUUUGUUGGCUCAGUCCAGAUCUGAUAAUAACAAUAACUAUAUCAAAGAUGUACUGUGUAGAUAUUACGAGUAUAAUGGUAAUUAUUAUGAGGCUGCUGAAGUUCUGGCAUCAUUGGCUAAAAGACCCGGAAGUGGCUUAACUUUAAAUGAUCGACUUAUGUAUUUGGGGCGGGCAAUGGCUUGCUUGCGCAGUAAAAAGUUAAGCAUACCAGCUUUGAAUGUUACGAGUCUCAGAGAUGUUGAAGAUUUAAUACAAGUAGCUGAAAUACAGAAAAUGAUAUUGGAUUUAUUGUCGUCUAGUCAAAUUGAUGGAAAAGCUGAUAUCAUUGAUAAGCUUAAUAGCUGUCUGUUUGUAUUAGGUGAACUUUACAGUGAUUUUGCUGAACCAUAUAGUCUAUGGGAAGCUCAGUUGGCAAUACUACAGCUUUCCAAUCAUGAUGAUCGUGAACUAGUGAACCAGAUUUGGGAAAAUAUUUUAUUAAAGGUUGUAGAAGAUUGCGGAGAUAUUGAUGAACACAAUAAAAUGACCAUUGCUCUGGAAAAAAUAAAAUCAUUGGCUAGUUCGCAUCCAAUCAAUUCGUCUACAUUUGAUUUGGAGUAUGUAACAACUAUGUUGGAAUAUUUGAAUUGCAACUUGGGUGGAGAUUUGGAAUCUGUAUACACAACUAUGUUAACUAUUGGGGCUCCAAUUGAAUCAUUAGUGGCAAUUUAUAAAAAGAUUUAUUCUACCAAUGAUCCACGAUGGCAAAAGACAAGUGAGCUGCAUGUAUUGGAAGUUAUCAUGAGUUUAGCUCGGUAUUAUUUACAGAAUGUUGAUCUAUGGCCAUCGGGGAUGCAAAGGAGAUCUAUUGCUGUGAACUUAUUAGAUUUAUUGGUAAUUUGUCAAAACAUGUUGUAUAGCCGUUUUGCUCAUAGUCCACUGAUUGAAGGGGUCAUCGCUAUCAAAAAUGAACUUGACAACAUCAUUAAAAUCUGACUUAUCACCAAACCUGAUUUUUAAAUUUUAUUCAUGUGUCAAUUAUUAAUAUAUUGUAACUGCUAUAUUUA